AUGAAGUGCUUAGAGGCUGAGAUUAAAAUUUCUCUAAUUCUCAGUCAGGCCAAAUCACAAAUAGAUAAACCCAUUGAUGAUGAUGAUGAUGAGAAUAAUAGAUUGGAAUGUCUAAUUGAAUUAAAUACCCUAUCACAGCCACAGGAAAUGGAAAUCAAUCUCAUAUCGUCAUUUAUUAAUGCCCCGGAAAUAUUGAGCAUUGACAAUGAUGAUGAGAGGGGUGAUCUCAAUUUUGCAUCAAACACCAGUAGUGGUAGUUUAAUUGAAUUUAAUGAUCAAUUUGCCUAUGACUCAAAUAAUAUAAUUGAUUGCGAUAAUAUUGAUAAAUUAAAUUCAGACAUCCAUUUACCUGAUCCAUUUGCCAAUUUCGACUUAAUUAAGAAUGAUUCCAUCAAUAUCUAUCCCAAAUGUCGCAUUUUACUUGAUCAUAUUCCCCUCGAGAUACCAUUGGAGGGGCCAGAGGCACAAGUAGUCAAUUGGAUCAAGUGUAGCAGAUGUGGAGAGGAAUUGAACAACAUGAAUUAUACACCAGCUGAUGGGGAAGAUUAUGAGAUGAUUUGUAAUGUCUGCAGAGGAAAUUAUCAACAAAAUCCCAAUGAAAAUCCUCUUAUUGUUCUCAAUAGUGUUGAGAACGUGGAGAAUUAUGAUCCUCAAGAACAGCCUAAUGAGAAAAUAGAUAAUUUGUCAGAAAACAAUGCAAAAACUGAGGAAAAUACUGUACAGAUCUCAAAGAAAAUCAAAAAGAAAAUGAGAAAAUCCCAAUCUCCAGACAGGAAGUACGACAAUUCGUAUGAAAAAUGCGAAAUCUGUGGUAUUUACAUAAAAACCAUCAAUAUUUGCAGACAUUUAGAACUCCAUGAGAACAAAGCAUCUAACAAAAAGUAUCCUUGCCACAUUUGUGGUAAAACUUUUGCAAUAAAAUACUAUGCAAACGAUCAUGUAAAACGUGUUCACAGAAAAAGUCAAAAUGACGAAAGUCCUCCAGAAAUUUAUCCAAAUAAAAAAGUAAAGUGUCACAUUUGCCAGAAAGAAGUGCAAAAAUACUUCUGGAAGCGUCAUAUGAUCAGUCAUAAAACCAAAUACCCAGAAAAUCUGCCCUUUAUCUGUGCACUAUGCAAUCGAUCUUUCAUCUCACGUGAAACCAUCAGAGCUCACAUGAUUACAGUUCAUCUGAAGAAGAAACGCUACGAUUGCAAUAUAUGUGGCGAAAAGUUUAUUCACAGCCUCACAAGAUAUCGCCAUAUCAAUAAAUUCCAUCUAAAAAGACCCGUGGCCAAUUGUUCUCUCUGCUCGGCGUCAUUUUACCACAAAACCUCCCUGGUAGCUCAUCGACGAAAAUUCCAUCCUCCCUCCGUGACUCUCAAGUGUGAGGAAUGCAAUGCAAUUUUCUUUGAUAAGAGACACCUCAAAAAGCACCUGCAAGAACACUUCAAGAACUUCACCUGUGAAUACUGUGGAGAUAAUUUUGUCAAGAGAAAAGUCCUGAUGAAUCACAUUAAAUCCCACACAAAUCAUACAGUUGAAUGUGUCAUAUGCCCUCUAUGUGGGAUUACUUUUGACAAAAUGUGCCGAUUGCAGUAUCACAUGGAGGAAAUGCAUCAAGAAUGCGAAUUUUUUGUCCAGGAAGUCCAACAGGAAAUGUAA